CAGUUGCGAUGUAGAGAUUUGUUUUUUGGUUUUUUUAUAAAAGAAAAAAAAAGCAUGGCGAAUCUAAGUUAUCCACUUACGUCUCUUCAUGUGACCUCCGCCCAAGCUCAGAUCCUUGAAAAUCCACUUCAGACUUAUCUCCUGGGAAUCAUAAUCUCUAUUUGUGGGAAUGUCCUCAUCAGCAUAUCUCUCAACAUACAGAAAUAUGCUCAUGUCCGCCAGGCUCAGCGUUGCUCUAAGCCCUACUACACCUCGGUGAUAUGGUGGUGUGGUGUGAUUCUAAUGGGUGUUGGAGAACUCGGGAACUUUGCUGCCUACGGCUUUGCCCCGGCAUCACUCAUAGCCCCGCUGGGCUGUGUUUCUGUCAUAGCCAGUGCUGUCAUAUCCGUGGUUUUUCUCAAGGAGACAGUGCGUGCAUCUGACAUCGUUGGUAAGAGCCUGGCAAUAACAGGAACAUAUGUCCUGGUGACCUUUGCCCCUCACACCUCCACACACAUCACAGCCCAUGUGAUCCAGUACUACGUGAUCAGCUGGCACUUCUUGCUCUAUCUUUUCAUAGAGGUCAUUGUCUUUUGCAUCCUGCUGUAUCUGUACAAGAGGAGGAAUGUGAAGCACAUCGUCAUUGUCAUGCUGCUGGUGGCCCUGCUGGCCUCUCUAACAGUUAUCUCAGUCAAAGCUGUGUCAGGGAUGAUCCAAGAGUCAAUAAAAGGCGACCUGCAGUUUAUCUAUCCCAUCUUCCAUGUCAUGCUUGUGAUCAUGGUCGCCUCCUGCGCCUUCCAGAUUAAAUUCCUCAACCAAGCCAUGAAAAUGUUUGAUGCCACAGAGGUAGUUCCUGUCAAUUUCGUGUUUUUUACCGCAAGUGCCAUUAUUGCAGGGAUAGUGUUUUACCAGGAAUUUGAAGACUUGGAUUUACUAAACAUUUUUAUGUUUCUAUUUGGUUGUCUUCUGUCUUUCCUUGGAGUUUUCCUCAUAGCCAGGAACAGGCCAAAAAUAAAGCAACAAGAUCCCAAUUUUAUCGCAAUGGAUCAAAUUCCUGGGAGAAGGCGCACAGACCAAGAGAGGCCUGAGGCAAAGACUUCAACAUACGGAUCACUGGCAGCAAAACUUAUGUGCAACAGAGCUGACCAAACAGGCGAUUCAUAGGACAAGUCUCUAUUUUCUCUGGUUCUUCACCUAUAUCUCUUAAACCAACAAUAAAGGUUGUUUAUGUGAGUCUGAAGAUUUUGUGUAAAAUAUUGAAUCUUUUUCUACAUCUGUUAAGAUUCUCAUUGAUUUGGUGAGACAUCUUAACAGUGUUUCCUGCAAAGUUGUCAGGAAAAAGAACAUUAAACAUUAAAGAUAAUGUUCAGGCCACUCUGAAAAAGACUUUACAAUGUACGAUAUGGAUUGUGGUUAAUUGAUCAACUAAUUGGUUGGUCCAUGUGUUCAGUUGAGAAUAAAGUACAAACCUUGAUACACCAAAA